AUGGAAUUCCCAGAACUCUCUUUGGCUCCCAAUUGUGAAUCUUUUGAUCCAUCUGAUGCAAGUCUUCCUAUGAAGAGGAAAUGGAUGAAUACAGAAUCUCCUAGUGUUGAUCUUCAGCUCAAAGACCCCCUUCCCUUGGAUUGGGAGCAAUGCCUUGAUCUUGAAUCGGGAAGAAUGUAUUAUCUAAACCGGAAAACAUCGAGAAAAACGUGGAGCUGGCCGAAAGAACAGAAGAUUGAUCUCGAACUGAACAUUUCAAGCUGCAAUGAGAAACAUAAUAAUUGGGGCUCAGAUAAUCAUCAAGAAAUGAUCAAUAAACAGCAGCAUUCAUCAAACAGCAGCAGCAGCAUGAUAGCUUUAGUUUGUUCAAAUUGUCAUCUCCUUGUAAUACUUUCAAGGACUUCACCUUCCUGUCCUAACUGCAAGUAUGUUCACUCUAUUGCAACAUCACCACAAGCUCAGCCCGACUCGUCCUUUUCAUCGUUGUCCUAUCACAACUUAAGCCUUUGA